AUGGAUCCCGACCAUCUCGAUUUCGGCUCCCCAGCGACAACCUCUGGCGCCACACCGAAUCCAUUGGCCAACUUGGACCGUCUUGCUUCCCAUAGUCCUCUUCCAGGCGAAACAGAAACCUCUUCUCCCAACCUUGAUAACGAUAAUGAAGAUGAGGACGACAAGGAAGGCGAUGUCUCAAUGUUGGAGUCGUCAGAGAACGUAGACCCGAAGCCCAAGGAAGAAAAGAGCUCGGCUAACGGUUCUCCUGGGGGCGACGACGAGAAUGCUGAUGACGCCGGGGAGGGUGAUGACGAAGAUGAAGUAAUGCAGGGAAUGGAUGGUGCGGAAAAGUCGGCCAAUGGCGACAAAAAGGACGGCGAGGAGGAUGCCGCUGCGGCUGCUAAAUCCAACCUUGUCCAGCAAACCUUCCAGACCAUAAUACCGAGUUAUGCGACUUGGUUUGAUAUGAAUUCGAUUUCUGACAUUGAACGAAAGUCGCUUUCUGAGUUCUUUAACAAUCGAAAUCGUAGCAAGACCCCAUCUAUCUACAAGGAUUACAGGGACUUUAUGGUCAAUACAUAUCGUCUGAAUCCUGCCGAAUUCCUCACUGUCACAGCUUGCCGUAGGAAUCUCACUGGUGAUUCUGGUGCAAUUAUGCGUGUUCACAGAUUUCUUGAGCAGUGGGGGUUGAUUAACUACCAGGUUGAUCCCGAAAAACGCCCCAACAAUGUUGGACCUCCUUUCACAGGUCAUUUUAGAAUCACCGCCGACACGCCUCGUGGUCUUCAACCCUUCCAACCCGGAUCCGGCUCUCAAGUUGCUUCUGAAGGCAAGCCUCUCCCUGCCACAGAGAAGGCUGCUGCCUCAGCUUCCACUCCUAAAACAGGUGAUGUUAAGAGUUCGGUUACGAAGUCAAUCUACGAAACGACCGGCAAGGACCUUGGAGAGGCUUCGAAGACCAACGGGCAUGCCGAGGAACCAGAAAAGCGACAACAUUGGUGCUAUUCCUGUGGUGUCGAUUGUACCCGGGUUAGAUACUACACAUCGAAGUCCAAGAAGAUUGAACUCUGCCCCAACUGUUUUCUCGAGGGACGUUUCCCCAAUAGUUUUACCAGUGCCGACUUCCUUCGCGCAGACGAUGUUAGCUACCAAGCGGUUGAUCGAGACGCUCCUUGGAGCGACGAGGAGACUCUCAAGUUAUUGGACGCUAUCCAUAUCUAUAAAGAUGAUUGGAACCAGGUUGCUGGCUACGUUGGGUCGCGAACCCGAGAACAGUGUGUUUUACACUUCCUGCAAAUGCCGAUCGAGGAUCGGUUCCUUGAAGAGAAUCUUGAACAAUUGGGACCUCUUCAAUACGAUAGAAUUCCUUUCACCCAAGCCGAUAACCCAGUUAUGAGUGUUAUAUCUUUCCUUGCCUCUCUCGUUGAUCCGAAAGUUGCUGCUGCCGCCGCUCAAAGUUCUGUUCAAGAGAUGCUCCAACUUCUUCGCGAUAAACUUGACGAGAGCGCCGCAAAACCAUCUAAAUCUGAUAGCGAAAAGAAAACCGAUGAGAAAACCGAAUCCGCUGGAGCUCCUACUACAGAUUCAUCCGACGCUGCCACCAAGAGCGCCAUGGACCUUGACGAGCCAGCCACUUCAACCGCUCCUGUGAAGAAAGAGAAACCAGGUUCGCUCGACCAGAUGGCUUCUGUCGCCCUUGGGGUCGUCUCUGCUCGUGCUUGUGGCCUUGCUUCUAAUGAAGAACGUGAGGUAAUGCGUCUUGUGGCCGAAACCAUCAAUGCCAACCUCCGCAAGAUCGACAUGAAGCUUGCUCACCAACAAGAGCUGGAGACUCUCUUGCACGAGGAGCGCCGGGAACUCGAAAAACAAAAGCAACAGCUCUUCCUCGAUCGUAUCGUUGCGAAGCGACAAACUCAGAAAGCCGUAGAGCUCCUACGAAAGGCACAUGCUGCCGCUGGCGAAGAGACUCUCAAGUACGCUAAUCAGCUCAGUUCUAUGAACUUCGGGGCUGCGCCAGGCGGUGGAGUUGAUGGUUCGCGAGCCCUACUUGUCCCAUCUGGAUCAGAAAUUAACUCGGGAGCUUCUGGGCCUGGGGCUAUUCCCCCAAGUCAAAUAGAGGGCUACACGGCCUAUGAAGCUUGA